AUGAGUAAGAGUGCUAAUGAGGCGUGUGAGCUAUUAGAAGAGACGGCGAUGAAUAAUUAUCAAUGGCCAACUGAAAUGGGACAACUAAAGAUGGUGGCUGGAAUGAUGGAAUUGGAUGCCAUAUCAAUGCUUACAGCUCAAGUAGCAGCCUUGACAAAGCAACUACAAAAGACUACACUCCCAUCUCAAGCUAUGCAAGUUCAAAACUUGUGUGAAUUGUGUGGUACAACCCAUCCACCCAACCAAUGCCCUGCUCUAGAUAUGAAUAACAUGCCCAUGGAAGAAGUACAAGCUAUAGGGAAUUACCAGAGACAACCCAAUAAUCCAAAUUCCAUGUCCUACAACCUAGGUUGGAAGAACCAUCCUAAUUUUUCCUGGUUCAAUACUCAAAACACUCAACAACCUUACCCUCCACCUCAGCCACAAUAUCAACCUUCCCAAAAUAAACCACCAUAUCAACAACAACAUUCAUACCAACAACCUCCACCUGGAUAUUAUCAACCAGAAAAUAGACCACAUCAAAUGCUAAUGAAACCAGGCAUAGACAAAGAGGAGUCUAAUGACGAAAAGGAUACUGAAGACCUUAGGAAGGAAGAAGAGGUACCACCUGUGAGUAUUGAGCAUCAUGUUAGAAUUCCAUAUCCACAAAGGCUGCACAAGCAUAAUUUGGAUAAGCAGUUUGCAAAGUUUUUAGAGGUGUUCAAGAAGCUACAUAUAAAUAUAUCGUUCGCAGAAGCAUUAGAACAGAUGCCCAGCUAUGUGAAGUUUAUGAUGGAGAUUCUGUCUAAUAAGAGAAAAAUGGGUGAUUAUGAAACAAUAUCGUUAACAGAAGUGUGUAGUGCGAUUUUGCAAAGGAAACUUCCUCAAAAGCUACGAGAUCCUGGUAGUUUUACUAUUCCAUGCAUGAUUGGGGAGUUUGAAUUUGAUGUGGUAGAAGAAGUAGUAGGGAGAAGACAAUUAAUUGAGGAUCCUCUUGAAUUAAGUCUUACAGUUAAUGAUGUAGAUGAACUGAAGGUUUUACCGGAACAUCUCUGCUAUGCUUAUCUUGGAGAAAAAGAGACUCUUCUGGUCAUAGUUUCAUCAUUUCUUUUGAAAGUAGAGGAGGAGAAGUUGUUGAGGGUGUUAAGGGCUCAUAAAAUUGCUAUAGGGUGGACUCUUACUGAUAUAAGAGGAAUAAGCCCAUCGACAGUUAUGCAUAGGAUUCUUAUGGAAGAUGAUGCUAGAUUGACUAUUGAUGCUCAAUGA